AUGGUUGUUUUCAAACGUAAACUUGAGUGGCGGCGAUUCAUUGGAGUUAUUAUGUGGAUGUUCAUGUUAUUCAUAAUCUUUUGGUUGGCUAAAAGAUCAAAACCCGAACUUGUGCGCUUCGAAGAUAGAUCAACGUCUACGAACAUUUCCAUUGCUUCUGAACUUGCAAGAAUACCUGAUAGACUUUGUUUUCUUUGGAUAUCAACGCGAGACAACAUUUUACGGAAAUCUAACUAUCCCUGUAAGCACCACUACGGCUUGGAACUUCAGGUAAAACACAAGAAUUUGCAUCUUCUUUUAUGUAUCCUGCUUGCUGGUGAUGUAGCAACCAACCCAGGCCCAACAUCUGACUCACAAUCAAGGGACGGUUUCAAGAUACUGUAUUUAAAUGCAAGAAGCCUGAAAGCAUUUGUUCAUCCACCGGGGAAUACCUCCACGAAAGUUUGCAAAAUUUCGUUAUUUCAAGAUUUAGUAUACAGUGGAAAUUAUGACGUCGUAUGUGUUUGCGAGACGUGGUUAAACAACUCAGUUUUAAGCAGCGAAAUUAUACCUAAUUAUGGAACUGUCUUCCGGCGUGAUAGAACUGGCAGAAUUGGUGGUGGUGUUCUCGUUGCUAUUAAGUCAGGAAUACAAGUCACACGUCGACACGAUCUGGAAACUGACAACACGGAGCUUAUUGUUACUGAACUUUUUAAACCGAACAGUAAACCUGUCAGGGCCUUUUUUAAGGAUUUUCCCGUGGGGGGGCAUUUUUUGAAAAGGGACCUUUCUGUGAGAUAAUAUUUUCGAGGGGGAUAGCAAUGGCUGAAAGCCACAUAUGUGGCAAAUAUACCACGCAUGAAUGGGGGGGGUCUGGGGGUGUACUCCCCCAGAAAAUUUUUGAAAUUUGACUCCCGGAAAUGUCAUUUCCUGCAUUCUGAGCAUCCAAAUUUGCUCCAAAAUUUACCUAACUGGCUAACCAUACUUGUAUUUGAAAUAAAUAAAAGAAGAAACGCACAAAAAGUAAAAAAAAUUAACCAUCAUUUAUCAUUACUUAUUAGAGGAGGAUAGCAAUGGUCAGGUGUGUGGGGGUGUACUCCCCCAGAAAAUUUUUGAAAUUUGAACCACGGAAAUGCCAUUUCCUGCAUUCUGAGCAUCCAAAUUUGCUCUAAAAUCUAUGCUAACUAUAGUUGUAUUUGAAAUAAAAGAUGGAAAAAUGCACAAAAUUAAAAGUAAAAAAGAAUAUUAACUGUAAUUUAUCAUUACUUAUUAGAGGGAUAAUCCCAAGAAAAUUUUUGAAAUUUGAAACCGUGAAAUGCUAUUUCCUGCAUUCUGAGCAUCCAAAAAAUAAAAAAAAAUAUUAACAAUAAUUUAUCAUUACUUAGUGGUAAAAAAAGUAACAAUUUAAAUCGAUUUUGUUAAACAAGAACAAAGGAUAAAGCCUAAAACUUACUUUCGGUUUAUCUAAUCUUCGCUGGUUUGUUUCUAUAAUUUUAGGAAAAAGGGACUUUUCCUGGGGGGGCAAAAUGUGAUUUCGUGGGGGGGCACAAGGGGGGACUGGGGGGGCAAAUGCCCCCCCAGCUUGUAUGUUAAAAAAGGCCCUGAAACCUGUCAUCCUUUACACUUUCUAUCGCCCUCCUGACUCUACGCCUGAUGUCCUUCAGUCACUGAACAACUCACUCCAAAGAAACCAAGAAUCGAGUCGUAUUGUGAUGAUCGGAGACUUUAACCUACCAUCUGUUAAAUGGUCGAGUUAUGAAAAUGUUCCUGUGAAUACCGGAGGGUCCAAUGAGAAUGAAGCAUUUUGCGAAAUGGUGGACGACAACUUCCUUCAACAGUUCAUAUCUGGUCCCACCCACAUCGCUGGUAAUAAACUCGACCUCUUGCUAUGUAAUUCUCCAGAAAUCAUCGGUGACGUUUCUGCAUUCCUUCCUGAAUGUUUCCCAACAGAUCAUUACGUCGUGGAAAUUGAUGUUCAACUGAAGUUUAAAAGAGCCAAGCCAGUUAAACGCCGAGUUUUUGACUACAGGAACGGUAAAUUUGAUGAGUUGCGCAAUUUCCUCACGAGAAAUCCCAUUAAUAUUACUCCCACCGAUGAUAUUGAUAACUACUGGGAACAAUGGAAGGAAACGCGUUCUUAACUGCCGUGAAAAAGUAUAUUCCAGUAAGAACUGUUAAGGACACCAACUCCCCCCCUUGGAUUGAUAAAGAAGUCCGGAUUCUUAUCCGCAAGAAAUACCGUGCAUUAAAAAACUACCGAAUGAAUAGAUCUGCAACUCGGAAGCGAAAACUGCGAUCCCUUACUCAACAAACUAAGCGUCUCAUUAGACGGAAACACCAAGAAUAUCUGGCUAAAAUUGAAAGUUCCUUUUCUGUCAACCCAAAGCUGUUCUGGAGCUACCAUAAAGCUAUCCUACGCCACCGAGCAAAUCUGCAUCACGAAAUAACGUUCAACGGAGUUACUUCUAAAUCUGCAAAAGAUAAAGCUACACUUUUCAACGCGUACUUCUCUUCCGUAUUUCGUUCACCUUCCACAGGUUCAAAAUCAGGUAUCUGUGAUCUGCUUCAACCAUUAGAAAUUGAGGAGCUUUCCAAUAUAACACUCAAUGCGGAAGAAAUCGCGCGAAGUUUGUACAAUCUUGACACAUCCAAAGCGUGUGGCCCCGACGGCAUUCCAACUCGUCUUUUGCAAGAAUGCAGCAUCCAAAUUGCACCCAGCAUUUGUGAACUAUUCAAUCAUUCGCUGCACACCGGUCAGAUCCCUUCUGAAUGGAAAUAUGCCAAUGUUACGCCUAUCCACAAGAAAGAUCGUAAAGAACCAGCCGAAAAUUAUAGACCUAUUUCUUUGCUCCCCAUCCUUGGAAAAGUUCUAGAACGUGGCGUGUGUUUCAGACUUUACGAUCAUGUCAAACAUCUCAUCACCAAAUUUCAACAUGGUUUCCUCAGACAACGUUCAUGUGUCACUCAGCUCCUAUCUGUUCUUCAUACUAUCGGACAAUCUCUCGACAAGAACACCCAAACAGACAUCGUUUACCUAGAUUUUGCAAAGGCAUUUGACACUGUUGACCACAAUAUUCUUCUCCACAAACUUAAACAGUAUGGCGUAUCAGGACAGUUGUAUGCAUGGUUCGAAGACUAUCUGAGCGGUCGUUGUCAACGAGUUGUGGUAGAUGGAGUUGCAUCUUCCUGGGCACUGUAACAUCUGGUGUGCCACAAGGAAGUAUCCUAGGACCUGUUCUGUUUGCGAUCUUUAUAAACGAUCUUCCAAAUGUACUACCAGACGAGACCUCGGCAGCAUUGUAUGCAGACGACACCAAAGUGUACAAAUCAAUUAAAUCGGAAGAUGACUGUCAAAUUCUGCAACACGCCUUGACCAGCCUUGAAUGUUGGAGUCAUGAUAACAACCUAGAUUUCAACCAGUCGAAAUGUAAGGUGCUGACCAUCACACGAAAAAAGACUCCCCUCGUGCAUGUCUACCACAUGAAUUCAAAGGAACUCUUGCGUGUGGAUAAAGAGAAAGACCUUGGUGUUUGCGUCAGUGCCAACUUCAAUUGGGAUGUUCACAUCCACACAAUCACUAGUAAGGCCAACAAGAUGCUCGGGCUGCUUAAACGAACUUGCCCUCUUUUGAGAGACAAAACAGUACGACGAACUCUGUAUCUCUCGCUUGUUAGAUCUCAGCUAUGUUAUGCUAGUGAAGUCUGGUCUCCACCCACUGUCAAACUCAAGUCUAGAGUCGAAAGCGUCCAAAGAAGAGCCACCGCGUGGAUACUACAAUCCAAGCAUGGCGAAAUGA